AAAUACACACAACACACUGUUAGCCAAUCAGGAGAGGCGAGGAGGAGAGGAAACAGGAAGUGGGAGAGAGAUGACAAAAAUGGAGGAAAGAAGGAAAAAUAUACAGACUGUAGACUAAACCGCCAAAAGUAUGUGGACUUAUUCAACUGUGGGCCUCAACCUGCUGCGGGUGUGACUUCCUUUAACAUCAUCUUAUCAGAUCCUUCUUUGGUAAUGUGACGGAGCAGGCCCGUCUGACACGGCAGUGCACUUGCUGUUGGGAACGUUGUGUUUUUUUUGUUUUGUAAAUAAAUUGCAAAACUUUAUUCCGGCUACGCCAUCAUUUAUUACUACAUCAAGAACCUGUACGUCACAAGUGGUGUCAGAAGUGGGAUGGCUGGCCGACGAAAGCGACGUUCCCAACAGCGGAAGAUUGAGGAGGAGGAGCCAGCGUCCUAUGGAGUUGGAACAGAGGAGCCUGCACAGCAACCUCUGGGGGAGCUCCUGGGCCUAAUGAAAGACUUUAUGAGAGGUCAGGAAAAACGGGAGCAGGGUCUACGUGCUGAGAUAAAUAACCUCCGUCUCUCUCUACAACCACCUACUCCUGAUCCAGGGGAAGGGCCCUCAGGUGCAAGUAGUCUCCACAUGGCGUUGCCCACACCUGCACCUGGAUGGAGACCACAAGGAGAGUCGACCAUGGUUUCCCAAAUGCAGAAUGAUGGACUGGAUCAAGCAUCACAUCCUCCAGACCCGAGACCAUACGUAAUGGAGCCGAAGAUUCCACCAUAUCAGAUGGGUGAGGAUAUAGAAAAUUAUCUAUUGCACUUUGAGAGGAUCGCAAAGACGUGGAAAUGGCCGGAAGCUGAGUGGGCAUGUCGCCUCGUACCGUUUCUAUCGGGGAAGGCCUUAGAAGCGUAUACAGCCAUGGACGAGGAUGAGGCACACUCGUACCCAGAACUGAAAGCUGCUUUGUUAGCCAAGUUUGAUAUAUCCCCAGAGACAUACAGGCAACGGUUCCGAUCCUCCACCGUCCCUCCUGGAGAGACUCCAACCGAGACCUACCAUCAUCUACGGAGCCUGUAUCGAAGGUGGAUUCGACCGGACCAGCUCACCAAGGAGCAAAUCGGGGAGCUUGUGAUCCUGGAGCAACUUCUUCGCGUCCUGCCGCCAGAUGUCCGCACCUGGGUCAGGGAGCACGAGCCAGAGGACGGCCUGACAGCAGCAAAGCUGGCACUUCAACACCAGAACGCCCGCCGAGGGGGACCUCCACGUUUCACCAGCUCAACUCCGCGACCUCUUCAACAGUCUGCACCCAACCGGCCCACCAGAGAGACCAACUAUGCCUCUCGAGGUACUCCCAGCUCUGCUACGAAUCAGCAACCAACCGGUAAGCCCUUUGUUUGCUAUUAUUGCCAGCAGCAGGGACAUAAAGCCUCUGUGUGUCCAAUUCGGAGGGAUAAACUCACUGGUGCCUGCUACGCACCUCGAGCAAAGGGAGAACUGUUUAUUAAACAGGGCUUGAAGGACCACACCCUUAGAACGGUGACUCUAAAUGGACAGGAAGUGACAGCACUGUUGGAUAGUGGCAGUUUUACUUCCCUAGUGAAGAAGGACCUUGUCCCUGUGAACUGUGUGGAUUACAGCCGAAAAACUGACAUUGUUUGUGUCCAUGGUGAUAGUCAUGCAUAUCCGAAAGCUGAAGUGACUGUAAUAAUUGAUGACCAACCUUACCUGAUGUCUGUCGCUGUAGUAGAGAACUUACCUGUAGAGCUUGUCCUUGGUACAGACUUACCUGUGCUCGUGAGUCUUUUGCAGGGCUCUGAAUGUAACACCAUCUGUAAUGUGAACAUGGUUGAUGUGGCAAACAAUGUUUCAUGUCCUGUGGUAACUAGGUCUCAAGCUAAACAGGGUGUGGAGCCCUUACCGGACCUUGAUGAUAGCCUGUGCGAGGGGGGUUUCAAGGGUCCAAGAAAGUCAAAGCGUCAACGACGUUUUGAGAAACAGCUAAUGCUAAAUGACUGUGACAUUAAGAGGUUGAAUGUCGAUGACAUGUGGAAGGUGCCAGAAAAUAUUGCUGAACUGCAAAGGGAAGAUGUGACUUUAAAAACCUGUUUUGGAAAAGUUGAUGUUAAAACUCUUACUAAUGCUAAUGUUACUGGGCAAGAUCUGUUUAUGAUUAAUGAUGGAGUGUUGUAUGUCCAUAGCAGUGGUCAGAAACGUCUUGUUAUUCCUGCACCAUGUAGACAGCUAGUUAUGCAUGUUGCACACACACUUCCGUGGGCAGGGCAUUUUGGCCGUCACAAGACUUACCUCCGUGCUGCAGCUCGUUUUUAUUGGCCCGGUAUGUACAAUGACAUUUACACCUAUUGCGCUACAUGUCCCAUUUGCCAGAAAACGGCUCCAUCUUGCAGAUCUGACAGGGCUCUCCUCCAUCCCCUCCCAGUCAUUAACACUCCAUUUCGCAGGAUAGCAAUGGACAUUGUGGGCCCGUUGGUCAAAAGUGCUCGGGGCCAUCAGUAUAUUUUAGUACUGUGUGACUAUGCCACCAGAUACCCCGAGGCCUUCCCAUUACACACCAUCACUGCUCCUGCCGUUCUUCGUUGUCUGGUCCAACUGUUUUCCAGAGUGGGGAUCCCUGAUGAAAUUUUGACUGACCAGGGAACUAACUUCACCUCUCGUCUCUUACAGUUGUUUCACAAACAGUUGGGUAUAACCGCUCUGCGAACAACGCCUUAUCAUCCUCAGACCGACGGCCUGGUCGAACGGUUCAACCAGACGCUGAAGAGGAUGCUUCAAAAAUUUGUGAGCGACACUGGGAGAGACUGGGACAGAUGGCUGCCGUUUCUUCUCUUCGCAUAUCGAGAGGUGCCGCAGGCUUCCACUGGAUUUUCACCUUUCGAGCUCUUGUACGGAUGGGAUGUGCAAGGACCCCUGGACCUGCUGGGAAAAGUAUGGACUGCAUCAGAGCACAAGUCCAGUGAGCAAGGUGUUGUCCAGUAUGUACUUCAAAUGAGGGAUCGUCUGUCGAGGUACCGAGACGAGGCUGAGAUGAACCUCAAGGAGGCCCAGCAGAAGCAGAAGAGGUGGUACGACCAGCAGGCUAGACAGAGACAUUUCCAGCCAGGCCAGAAAGUCCUUCUACUGCUUCCCUCCUCCAGCAGCAAGUUGUUGGCGAAGUGGCAAGGCCCAUAUACCAUCACCAGACAAGUAGGACCUGUCACUUAUGAGGUGCACCAGCCGGACAAGAAGAAGCCUCAGCAGAUCUACCACGUUUCUGGAAUGAAGCUCUGAGAGGAGUCAAUUCAUCCUCCAGCUGCGCUAGACUCAGUCUUAUACAAUUUAAGGUACUCCAUAGGCUCCACUAUAGUAAGGCUAAACUUUCCAGACUCUAUCCAAGCAGACUGGAGGAUAGAUGCGAUAAGUGUGCACAAACCCCAUGUAACCUGACUCAUAUGUUCUGGUCCUGCCCCAAACUGACUGAUUUCUGAAAAUCUUUUUUUGAUGCCAUCUCCGAAAUUUUAAAUAUAGCUGUAACCCCCUGCACCCAGUUAAGUCGGCACACAAAGAUAUUCUUUGGUUGAUUACAGCCACAGUUAAUUAAAUUAUCUAAGCCAAAACUCUCAGAAAACAAAUGAGUCCAUUGGUUCUGGACUCCACCAGAUCAACAUAGCGGUCGAGCUGCACUGUUCUUUCCUUUCCUCCACAGACUAGAUGUUUUCCUGCCUCACUGCUCCCGCAGACACAUUCCCAGCCCUUCUCUGCUCCUCUGACUCAUCUGGUUGUGCUGAUGGCUGCCAUUAAACAAACAACCUGUUCUCUCUUUUCAUCCAGGUGCUUUCCCCUCCAAUAAAGACUCCAUUAGUGGUCAGCAGGCCGUGCUUUCUCACGGUGAUGAUGUCAUAAAGCCAUGGUGUUGUCUCAGCUGUCAGACAGGAAGAGGAGGCUGAAAUCUAACUAUCAGACUUCCUAUGCUGAUAUUUUUUAAUUUAUGUUUUUAGUAUUUGAAUGCAUCUCUACAAACAAAACUAAAAAACAAAAUCAGCUUCGUUCUUCUUGAAAGAACCAAACUGUCUCACAUAUAGUGCUGAGGAUGGGUUGUUAAGGCAGCUCUAAAUGUAAUAUACUGUACAGCAUUUUUAUCUACUCAUCUUAAGAAACUUUAACUAAAUGGUGUAAUUGGGGCUAAAGCAGCGCUAUACACUCCCAUGUGUCCACCCUAGAAAUUACCCCAAUGACAGCUACUGAGUGUGAACAGCAGAUGUAAUUGGCAUGUAUAGCUCAUUUAAACCUUUAAGACCUCUAUAACCAGCACACAGAUGUGACUGGGGCAAUGUGGAUAAAGAUGUUUGGCAACGGCUCAAAAAUCAAUUACUACGCUCAGUUAUGAGUCGUAUGGGAGAUUAUAUGGAGAGAAAUGGAAGAUGAGAGGAGAGGAAAGUUGUGUUUAAAUCUGCAAAAAUGUAAUUAAGAUAAGAUAAGAUAAGAUAAGAUCAGAUAAGAUAAGAUAAAAUAAGAUAAUAUGGACUUUAUUGAUCUCACAAAGGAGAAAUUUACCGUUACAGAGCUCUUAGGAACAAACAGAGGGGUGCAAAAAGUCACGAAAGGUGCAAGUACAAGAUAAUAAAGAUAGUAAGAAAUGGUAAAAUAGUAAAAAAUAUACACAUCUAAGGAUAGAAAACUUUUCUUAUAUACAUUGUUAUAAGAUAGAAAACUUUUCUUAUAUACAUUUUUAUAAAAUAAGAUAUUGCACAUAAUAACAACUACACAGUAGUGUUAUACAGUCUGAUGGCAGCAAUAACCCAAAGUGGAUCAAAGUGUUCCUUUGUUGGAGAACCAUGAAUCAUCCGUUAGACUGCAUAUCAUCUCUGUUUUGAGUGUCAUGCUACAGUGUGUUUUGGGGAGGAACCAUCAAAGUGGAGCCUUGGCAUCAGAUAAAGGAUGAAAAAAGAGGGCGAGUUUGGAAAUAGAGUUGAAAGAAGCAUCCCAUUUGGAGCAAAAACAGCAUCGGAGCAAUGGAAAAUUAAAAACUGUUACUGUUGUAUUAUUAAGAACCAUACAGAGAAUAAGGCAUUAAUCCAGUGCGGAAGACAAUAGCUGUGUCAUGAAUAUGAAGCAAAGUGGCUUCAUAUUCGCUAGACGAAGAGGAAACAAACUCAAUUUUGGCCAUACAUGAUAGAAAAGUGAGCAAAAUUCUUCAAGAAUUGUCCUAAAUUGGUAAAGCUGUUUGUAUCAGCAGGUAUCGGCCAUGUUUGAUUCUGUCUGGUUAUAAACACAAUGAAAGAAAAGGCAACAGCUGACCAGUGAUGUGAGAUAUAUUCAAUACGACAAAACUUAUUUGGAAAAGGUGUUUCCAGCUCAGAUUAGGUACACUAACUCUGUCAGAAUAGAUGGUUUCCAGUAAUGUUUUCUCAUGUAAUACUUCAAAAUAAAUGAAAAACAUGGCUAAUAUCUGUGUAGUUUCUCCUCACAAAGCUAUCACUGAGAAAUGAUCAUAUUUGACUGACUCUGUAUUAAAGACUGACAGUGGUGACCCAGAAAAACAUAAAUUAAAGGUGCAAUGUGGAGGAUUUAGUAGCAUUUUAUCCCAUUUUAAGUUUUCACAUCAUUUUACGCCAUUUAAAGAACAUGUAAGUCAGUUAUUGGCAUGCAGCGACAUACAAAAUGGAAAAAAAAUGGUGUGUUUGUCAAAAGCCUUUCCACGAUAUCAUGCUUAUAUGGGGGAGAACAACAUUCACGUGGUUGUUAACUAUGAAUUCAUCCUCCAGACUGUCAAUGUAAAGUUUUAUGUAACUUCUGGAGGCAUCUGAGGGAGAAGAUUUGCACCUGAAAUCUGACGAGAUGUCAUAGCUUGUUGAUAACACACAGGUUUUUUUGCUGCCAUGUGCACCACAUUGGAAGUGGAAGUGUGACUGUUUUGACACAAAGUAGGAGAUCUAGGAAUGGUCGCAGAUGGUGCUUGACAUAUUUUCACAUAUGGGACCUCCAGGGAAUAUUACACUGGAUGCAGGAGAGCUGGGAGCAGAGUAUCACUGCACAAAGAGGACACAUUCACAAGGAUGACAGCCAAAGAAAUGUUGCAUUACUAAAACUGUGACAAUCAGAAACAAAUAGGCUGCUGAUGAACCUCAGCCUAAAGGUUUCUGUGUUAGUAUCACUCUGUCAGAACUCCAUCUGUCUGGUUUACAAACAACAUUUAGGCCUGUAAACAGCCGAGACAGGCAUGAAUGUGAAGGAUGACGAAGGAAAAUAAGUAAAUAUUUCAGAUUCGAUCCCAGAGGUCCCUGAUGUUCCCUUAACCUCACGUCUCCUUGUUUACGAGAGGAAAAGAGAUGUUUUCCAGUCUGCACGACAAAAGAGCCGAGGAGUGUAUGUGUGUGAAGACAAGCUCCAUCCAGCUGUGUUUAGUUAUUUGGGAUGAGAUUCCUGCAGAGUUUGAUAAUACCCUGCUAAUGUGCAUAUUUUCUGUAUCAGUAUGUGCGACCACAUCAGCAGCGUGGGACCCUUUCCGUAUCUCCUCUCUGCUCCUUCAACACAACAGUCCUGAGAUAGAAAACACAGUGGAGGCCCCUCGGCUCCCAUGUGAUACCAUCUGAUGCCCACCCAACCUGCAGGUGAACGACCUCCGACUGCACACCGACGGUUCUGAUUAGAAGCAGCAGAAAUUACAUCUUCCCAUGUUCACUUUUAAUUGUGCUUAUUUUUUACACUAAUCUUAAAAACCACACACAGACAAAUGUAAUCCCCGAGUAUUUUUGUCCGCUUCAAAGGUGAUGAGCAUCCACAUGUUUAAUGGCUGAGUUUAAGGAGGGCAACAAAAAGCAAAAAUGUCAUAAAUGGUGGUUUGCAUUUGUGUUCGCUACUUGUGUAGAAACGUACAUAAACAACUGCGCUGUCGCGAUCACUUCAAAUCACAAGAGCCAGUAAAAUUAGUAAUGAUCAGGUUUGUGCAUUCCUGCACGUGUUGGCCCUGGUGGAAGUGUGUUGAGAAAUUCUGACGUAAGAUCACCCAGGUGUCUAAUUCCCGCUCUGUGCAGUGAGAAUAACCUCCAGAGACCUCACCUCCAGCAUUUUUCCACUUCAUUUAGUUUGAUUCUCUAUUCAAACUCCUUUAAUUGAGCUGUGUGAAUGAAAAAUGCCACUGAAAUAAUUGAAAACUGAGCAAAAGCUGGACUUCUUAGUAGUUUUCGGUUAGAUAUCAGAGUUAAUUUAAAGCCUUCUGUUGUCUUUGGGUCAAAAUGACCUGGCCAUGAUGUUUAACAGCAGAGA